UGGGAUGCACCUUCAAUCUUGCAAUCUGAUAACAGUAAGAAAUUUACUGCUGAUAAAGAUAACUUAACAAAAUUUGUUUUUUCUUAUAAUACUACUUCAUAUAGUUUUUAUGGUAAAACUUCUCAUGAAGUAAUGUUUGGAUAUAAGCUCUAUGGAGUAUACCAACAGUUUAAUCCUGCUGAUUUUCAGGAAAUAGAAGUAGACGAAAUACAAACUAUACCUCAAACUAAAAAAAAUCAUCUAGAAAAGAAUCUUUAUGAGACUAGUCAGCCAGUUGCUAUAGCCCCAGAUACCGAUAUGAAUUCAUCGACCAGAAAAAGAAAACUCCAUACUACAUUUAAUGAAACUAGAACUGUUAUUAGUAUGACCAACAAUAACAAAACUAUUAUUGUUGAAAUACCUAUAAGAAGUACUGUUCGUUAUUCUGUGAAAAGAAUAUACCAAAUUAAAAAUAAAAAUAAAAAAGCUAUGUUACCUUUAGUAGCUCCAUUAGCUAUAUCACUACCAUCAGCUACAUCAUCUUCUCUGCUCUAA